GUGCAUCUACAUGUGCAUGCAUGCUUGUGUGCAGCAGGGGUGUGUGUUUUCCUCCUCCGUCUUCCUGCACUUCUUGCAUGUCUGUCACUGACUUCUGCAGGUUCGAGCUGGAAGCUUUGCAGUUGAGGAGCAGCUGAACAACAGGUAUCAAUAGCAGGUGCUGGUCUGAACAUGGCCUCCUCCAAUCUGAGCGUGCUGCUGAUGCUGCUGGCCGUUGCUGCGGUAACGGUGUUGGCCCAGAGGCGGCGCCCGGCAACCACCUCGACGACGACGGACGAGUGGAACUACAGGGAUGGCUCUGAGAGGGUGAACAUGCGAGGCGUCUCCAACCUGACUCAGGUUCUGGACAACUGGAGGUUCGACAUCCUGAACCAGAUGCGAGGUCUCCUGCAGAACGACCACCAGUCGCUGCUGCCCGACUACGCCAGGAUCCAGCCGCUGUCCGAGGCUCUGGACGACCUCUAUAAGGAGUUCAACGCCCUCAAGUCUCACCUGGGCGACCUCACCGAGAAGUUCGCCGCCAUAGAAACCUUCAUCGAUGAGGUGAAGGCGGGUCGAGCCGCCAACGGCGGCCCGGCUGCUGCUGGUCCUGGUCCAGCUCCGGCUCCGGUGCCCCGACAGACCAGCAGGAGGGUGAUGAAGAAGAAGGCCACCUCCUCUUCCUCCUCCACCUCCACCUCCAACUAACUUCUUCUUCUGCACUAUAAAUUUCUUUAUUCUGCAAAUUUCCCGACACAAGCAAGUUAUCACCUGGUAGCUUUUAAGUCCUAGGCACCUAAAAAUUAACAUUUUUGACACAAAACGGUGGAAAAUUCAACAUUUCUAGCUUCACUCUGCUGCCAAAUCUUCCUUUUAACUUCAUUAUUAUAAUUAUUAUUAUUAUUAUUAUUAUUAUUAUUAUUAUUAUUAUUAUUAUUAUUAUUAUCAUCUUCAGGUUCUAUGAUGUGAGCUCCUUUGCGUUAAAUUUAGCCUUAACACAGAAAUUAAUGCAAUUUAAUGAGAAAAAAAUAUUUAAAUACUGAAUUAGAUUUAAAAUUUGCAUUUGUUUACAGUCAUUACUUGUUGCAGGUUUCAUUCUGUGACACAAAUUUAUCAACAAUUUACUGUUAAUUUACAAAAUUUCCCCGUUUUGUUAAAUUACUACCAAUAACUAGUAAAAUACCUGAAAAUAAAAUUACAUUUUACUGAUGGUGACUCAAUUUUUUACAACAUUUAACAAUGAAAUUACAUAAUUUAAAAAAAUGUAUUGAAAUCAUUAACAAAUAUCAUUAUUUUACAGAUACUGCAUAUAAAAGUUUAAGAAAUAAUAAUGUUGUGACUGUUAAUUUACAGAUUUUCCCAUAUUUGUUAAACUACAGGUAAUAACUACUAAAGUUUAGAAGAAAUGUAAAUUUACACACAUAAAUGAUGAUGAAAAAUCUGUUUUUAAAAUAGGAAUUUGUUCUUCUACAGUGUUUGGCCUAUUUAAAUCCUUUAAAAAUAUAAUUAUUUUACAGGUAUUUGCUAGAAACAAACCAAAAAAAAGUAAAAUAAUGAUUAUAAAAUGGUAAAUUUUUAAAACAGGCCAAAUCAGUAUUUUUACUAAUAAUAACUCUUUCACCAAACAUGCCUGUAAAAUUGAUUGAAGGUGUUUUGGUUUCAGUGUUUGUUUUCUGCAUGUCGCUGCUUCACAUGAAAUAAACUCUUUUAUCGCA